UUUUAAUGACAGGUGUUUUGUGAUGGCAGGUGCUGAAGGUGCAGUGUUCACCAGCUCUGUGGAGACGUCACAUGUUAGAGCAGAGCCCUUCAAGGAGCUACGGCUGGAGUCUCCAACACGAUCCCUGUACAUGGAGGCGCCCAAAGGGGUAGAGAUUCACGCAGAAGCAGGAGACAUCGAGGCCACAUGUAGGAGCGACCUACGCCUGCAGUCAGUGGACGGAGCGAUCGUCCUGGAAGCCCGAAAGAUCAAGCUCCUGCGGCUGCCUGAGGGGGUGGCCUCGUCCUCGCCCAGCCGACAGACUGUGUUUGAGGUGUGUGUGUGCUCCAACGGCAUCCUCUUCCUCUCACAAGCAGGAACUGGCUCCACAUGUCAGAUGAGCAACCAAGCCUGCAUCUAGGACUGCUCUCGGAUCCUUACAGUCCUACCCAGACUCACUGUAUUGCACACUCACACACACACACACACACACACACACACACACACACACACACACACACACACACACACACACACACACACACACACACACAGACUCACAAUGACACACAUACACAAAGACACACACACACUUAACACACAGACAAACUCACAUACUCACCUCAAAGAGGAACUCUACAAGAUCAAACUGAGAUAUGUGGAGACAUUUAGCAGAGGGGAACGUUUCUAAGCCGCCGUCCUGAAGACUGGGGUGAUCACCAGGACACCACGCCCUCACCACUGAUGACAUUCAUUUCACCAACCACACACACCACACACACCACAACACACACACACACCACACACACACCACA